AUGACUGUUCCUAACGAGAGUUCCGAGGAUGUCACUGAUUUCCUUCAGCGCAUCCGGGAACUAGGUGAGCGUCGCGACAAGGAAGAUGACGAGCGCACCAAGAAACUGGAGGAGGAGAUUAUGCAGGGGCGGAAAGAAAGGCAAGCCCGAAGAGCUGAGCGUGCACGAUCACUGGCCCUUACCGACGAUUCAUCUGUCCUUAAUGUCGCGCGGCUGAGCACUUCAUCAACCAGUCCUCGGUCCAUCGACCCCCCGGAACACCUCGAGCCAACACUGCAAACCCCGCAAACAACAGGACCUGAGCCUUCGACCUCGAGCGCCGGGGAUUCGAGUCAAGAGACGGAGGUUUCUGACAAGCGGCGCGGAUCGGUGCCGGAUCUUGGAAUGGAUUCUCCCUCGCGGACACGGCCCCCCUUGUCCCGCAGCCGGGCGGGGACUUUGUCGUGGCAGCAACGCCCGUCCUCACGGGAUUUCGGCAUGUCACCCUCGACAUCCCCAACUCGCUCCCCAACACGCGCAAGCCACUUGAGAAAUUUGUCUACGGCCUCGGAUGAGAAUACACUAUCUCGACUCCAAUUUGGGUUCCCGAGGCCCUCCAAGGAGGCUCCUGUGCUCCCUCCAUCCCCGGAUCACGGGGCUGGAUCGUUAUCAUACGGUGGGAAGGAGGAACAGACAGAUAGCCACACAGAUGUGGGCGCGGGACAUCAGGAGCCGGAAGUGGAAGAAUCAAGUACUGAACUAGAUAAACUUGAGGCAGUAGAAGAGAGGUCAUUGUCGCCUCCGAGAACCGGGUCUCGCGAUAGCAACAUGAGCCAUCGCUUCUCGGUAUCGUCGGUUUCAGCCACUGGGCUGGGGUCACCAGUGCACCUGACAGAGACUCCGAAGCUCGAGCCUCGACAGAAUGAUUCCUUUGAGGAAUCCGUGCCGUCUCCAACCCAACGGCGUAUGUCACCAGAGCGAAGCCGGUCGACCUCGCCCACCAAGGGUCUGGGAGGCUUUGUUCAGAGUGCUAUGAUGAGAAGAUCAGAUAGUGUGUCAAAAAGGUGGAGUGCGCAAAUCCCACAGGGACUUGGGCGGUCAAAUUCCAUUGUGUCAAAUCGCAGCAGUGUGGCAGGUCCAAGUUUGAGUGAAACCCCUCCACCUCUUGGGCGAGUUGCGCGUGAACCUUCAACUCUCCUGCGACCAGGCUCCAGCCACAGUGAGGCACACACCGAAACAACCGAACGACCAACCACUGCAAACGAUAGAGACAGUGUGAAUUUUGAUAGCCCAGGAAAAUCAUUCCGACCUUCUCACUCGCGUUCUGCUAGCUCUGCUACCGCAGACGGCAGUGAAAGUUCGUUUGUCUCGAAAACUAUGGACCCCAGGCGCUGGAGCCCCAACAAGGCUUCUUGGUUGGAAAGUGCCCUUAACCGACCGGAGCUACCACGACAAACGUCCAGACCACCGUCACAGCCCAACUGGGCCAAAGAUCGACAGUCGCGAGGUAGCGUGGAUUUGGGAAGAGCCAACAAUUUUAAGGAAGUCACUCCUCUCGGUUUGAUGCGAACACCCCCGCCAGGAACUCAAACCAAACUACCUGGCUCUGGUCCAUCACUUCCUACAAGUCCUAUUAAGGAUGGUGCUCCUGAGUCUCCAUUAGGAUUCCCUCUGAAGAAAGUUGGUGUUCCAUCACUUCCCACAAGCCCUGUUAAGGAUGUUGUCCCCGAGUCUCCAUUGGGAUUCCCUCUGAAGAAAGUUGGUGCCUCUGGUCCAUCGCUUCCUACUAGCCCCACCAAGGAUGCUGUUUCUGAGUCUCCAUCUGGGUUCCCCCUCAAAAAGCCAAGCGUCUCAGGUUCAUCACUCCACAGGAACUCUGUCACGGAGCCUCCGGUGGAAUUCCCACUCAAGCGGCCCAGUGUCUCUGGUCCCUCGGUUCCUGGAAGCCUUGCCAAGGAGACCGUUCCUGAAUCUCCGGAGUUCUCCAAGAGACCCAGCAUUUCUAGUUCCUCGAUACCUGGAACCCCUGAAGCCAAACUGAAGGAGAUAGCGCCAGUAUCUCCGUUGGUUUUCGGUAGCCCUGGUGCCAAACAAACACAAGAGGAAACCCCAGCUUCUCCAACGCCCGUGGAAGAGGCCCUCGAUGCCCUAUCAGGCGGCGCACCGGCGGAGAAACCUAAGACUGGCUCUCCCGCUGAAGUGGAGAGUGAAUCGCAAGAACUACCGGCACCUGAAGAGUCUGAGGUCACCGCUGAGUCUCAAUCGACUCCCAUUCGCAGGGCCCCGCCCGACUCGUUAAGCCCCAAACCAAACUUCUCCGUCUCGACUUCCUCGCGCGGGCCCAUUUCACCCAAGCCAAAGCCACAAUCUCCUGUGGUGGACUUCCGAGCAAACCUACGGAAACGAGAAGUCGUGAAAGAUAACGGGGACAACAAAGAACCAGAAUUCAAAAAUGUAUUUGGGCGCCUCAAAAAGACCGAAACUCGCAACUACGUCGCACCUGACGAACUCAAGGGCAAUAUCCUACGAGGCAAAGCUGCCUUGAACAACACCGGCGGCCCAAAAAAGACCGAGCGAGUCGAUGAAUUUAGGAAGAGCCUGGUGUCCCGCAAAGAUGAAAUGAAAGCCGGCGGAGGCUCCAUUAGACGGAAUACCGCUGGAGAGCAGGAUGCGCCAAAACCGGCCGAGGUCGUACCAGAAGCAAUUGCUAUGCGACAGAAUAUGACGCGGGCUAAUAGCAUCAAGCAACCACUUGUGGACGAGCCGAUGUCGCCUGCUAAAAGCUUGGGUUCUCGACUUUCGCAGGACAGACCGGCAUUGUCAUCCCCGAGUUCAUCUUUCAAAGGCACUAGUCCAUCGCGAGUUUUCCAGGAACAACAACCAUUGUCGCCAUCUAAUGCCAAGGAUGAGCCGGGCUGGCCCUUGAAAGACACGAGUUCCUCGCGAGCAUCUCAAGAAUCGCAGCCAUUGUCACCUUUCCCUGCUGAUGAUCCCAUUGAUGAGCCAGAGGAAACAAUCCCGGCGGCGAGCGACUACAAGCAAACUCCCAAGCUAGUAUCUUCACCAAGCCAUGAGGAAACCCGCGAAGUCGUGGCACCAAUCGAGCCCAGCGUAGUGAAGAUGCAGGAGCCUUCAGUCAAGACGCUUCGGCCAGUUCGUCAAUGGCCACCGGCACCUGCUGCAGAGGCUACUGUGACUCCGAGUCCGGCAGCUAAAAGCAAAUUGGCAGGUCGAAUCAACCCUGCGCUAGCUGGCCUGCUUUCUCGUGGCGCGCCUGUCGGCGACGGACUGAAGAAGCAGCUGCCAACCCCUGUUACAGCCCAGAGUGAGCCUACUUCGCCCGCUGCGCCUCUCACACACGCCACAAAGGGUCGUGCCAGAGGCCCAAAGAGACGACCCCCCCAGACCAUUGAUGUCUCGACCCCAUCCCCUCGGGAUGAUACUAUGGAGGUUGGUGCCAUUUCAUCCUCUGAAGCCACCCCGUCACAGACUCCUAUAAUCCCCGUUGAAUCCUUGGAGAUCGAUUCGGAGCACCUGUCGCAGCCUGAUGAAGACCCAGUUCCUGACAUCCAAGACUCCCGUUCAGACAGCCCAGUCACCGAGCAACUUCCGGAGGUGACCACUCCUCCCCAGGACACCCUCGAACGCGAUACGCCUCGAAGCGGACUCCCGCAAGCACUUCAGACCCGUUCCCUAACAACGGACUUCAACAUUUUCCCCUCCCCUAAUCUUGGGGCGACACCCAGGGACCCCGUAAGCCCUGGAGAGGUGAGUCCAUCUAGCGCACCACCCGUCCCACCGAAGUCCGAUUCGCCCACCUUCCCCUUGCCUGUAACACCAACGCCACAAUGGGGCCAGCAAAACCGGGUUGCGUCCUCAUCGCCAUCUCCUCUCCGAACGAGUUACAAUGAGAACCAGAUGGAUUCGCGUAUGAGUCAGCAGAAGAGCAUCCCCUCAGUCGGUGUUACCGUCGAGUCAGCACGCAGUUCCGUCUCACAGCCCAUGAGCCAUCCCUCCCCGCCAGUGCCCCCUAAAGACGGUAAUGUGAUGCUUCACAAGCCCACCGAUCCGCGCAGACUUUCAAGAAAGAUGUCUGCCCCAUCACUGGUUGCGCAAGCUAGUGAGGCACGCGAGGUUAUUGCGGGCUUCUUCAAGACAUUCCCCAACGCUCGAAACAGGAUGGACAUUGAUCCGCAGCUGAUGCUGAUGCGUAAACCGGACGAUGUCAAGAUCAGAACCGUGAAGCUCCAGAUCUGGGAGCUCACCGGUGAUGGGAGGCGUCAGGAACUUCCUUCCCACCAGGAGUACAUUCUAUACCAAGGCAGCAUGUAUCUCUGCGUGCACAUAUUCGAGACUGGACGAAGCAGCACUUCGGAGGUAUACCUCUGGCGUGGUGACGAUGUCCCUGAAUCCUCGGUGGAGGAUGAACAGCCGUUCGCGCGCAAAGUCGCUCGCGAGAAUAGCUCCAAGUUGCAAGUCAUUCGACAAGGGAAUGAACCCAAACGGUUCAUCCAAGCCCUCGGCGGCAUUAUGAUCACGCGGCGUGGAUCCAGCUCUCGCCACAAUUCCUCGGCUCUCUACAUGCUUUGCGGCCGGAAACACUUGGGCGAGAUGACCUUCGAUGAGGUGGAUUACUCGCUGCGCAAUCUCUGCUCUGGUUUCCCUUACGUUGUCUCAGCCCCCUUUGGCAAGCUCUACCUCUGGAAGGGCAAAGGCAGUGGCCCCGAAGAAACCGGUGCAGCCCGACUUAUCGGCAUGGACCUUGGCCUGACCGGAGAGUUUGAAGAAGUCACCGAGGGUGAAGAGCCCGAAGAUUUCUUCGACAUUUUCGCAGGCCCCAGGGAGGCCGCGCCGCAAAUGUGUCAAGAUCACUGGCAACUCAAGCCGAAGUACAACCACUUCCGCACGCGACUCCUCCGGGUCGACCACGAACCAAACCAGCCAACUCGGUUCUGGAAUCUCCGCCGUCCGGGCUCAGGUUCACCGGUGGUCAAGGCCAACGAUUGCAUUCAGGAAAUCGAGCCAUUCUGCUAUCGAGACAUCACCGACAAAGACGUUUACGUUCUGGACACCUUCUUUGAGAUCUACGUUAUUAUCGGCGAUCAAGCCUCGCAGAAGUCUGCCGAGUUCGCCUCGGCAGUGGUCUUCGCGCACGAGUAUGGUAUCCUCGCCACUUCCCUCCAGGACCGACCAUUUAUUCCCAAAAGUUACGUGGCCCUUGGCGGCGUCUCCGACCGCUGCCAAAGCGCAUUCCGAAAAUGGAACCCGCGCACUCAGCAUGCGCCUUUCGUGUUCUCCCUCGAUGUUGUUAUUGAGGCGAUUCGAUCUCCAGAGGAGAAUGAGUGA